UCACGACUGCUCCAGCUUCCACGCGAACUGAGGGAACUCAUUUAUGAGCAUGCGAUUAUCCGCGACACAAUACCUAUCGACUGUGCCGUUGUCAAAGGACCUGGAUACCGCAAGCAUACCGGCUAUCCAUAUGCUUCUUCUCCUCAACUGCAUGAGGCCUAUCCGCUGAGUCACGACGUGGCUUAUCGAAGGAUUUGGUCUUUACCUAUCUACGACCUCAACGUCGAUAUUCAAGGCGGUACAUGGAUGGAACCCAAGCGAGCUCAGAUGACCUAUCAGCUUGGAGCAACGUGUCGAAGGCCAGAUUAUGCACAUUGUCACGACAAAGCUGCCAUUCAAUUACUGCAAGUCUGUCGGAUGGUGCACGAUGAGGCACGACCUCUAUUCUACAAGAAGAACAUAUUCAGUUUUACCGGUAGAUUUUCCGUAUCUACUGCCCUCGCAUUCAUCCAGGACCUCUCCACAACGGCACUGCCUCUUCUCUCGUCGAUUGAGAUAGUAUUGACAGAAGGCAACAACAUGAGAGGCACUGCGGAGGCUCACUACCCACCUACUACCAGGUCGUCGGACUGUUUGGUGCUGCAGCACGCUUUCCACUACUUUACGGACCUCUGUGCCCUGCUAGCAUCGUCGACUGUUCAGCUGCGACACCUCUAUUUGACGAUUGAGUCACAAUCUGGUUAUGGUGACAGUCAGCCACAGGCUUUGUCAGAAUGCAUAGCAUGGGAGGUCGAGAAGAGUAGUUCUCCUCGCCCUUGGGUUGCCUCCUGGAUUCAACCGUUGCUCAAGAUACAAGGCUUGGAGUCCAUCAAAGUCUACUGGAUAUCUGAUCGGCCCAGGCUGCGGAGGAUGUCAGACACGCUGUCGACUAUGCAACAAUCGAUGCUC